AGCGCCAAAGCUGAGUGGAGCAGGGCAGCUCCUAUGCAGAGGUCUGAGAGCAAUGCGAGAUCCACAGCCGCCACAUCAAGGCAGCCAGGAAGACCAGGGAUUUGCACUCAGCUCCAACGUGGAGAGGCUAGCGCUCUCCCCUCCCCUGGAACGCGUUCUCAGCCAUUCGGGCAUGUCUGCUGGGGAGACGAGUCCGACUUUAAGCUCCUGCGACUCUCGGCUGUAGGGCUGUGGAUGGACACAACCUCCUGGAAUCUUCUCACCUCAAGCCAUUCCUGCUCACCAGCCAACGAGGAUUUACGAGGGACGCAGAUUUGGUCUACGGCUAUACAGAAUACUCAGAACAACUGUUUUCUUUCUCAUUGAUCCUUGAGCCCAGCGAGGUGUGGCUCGAAUGAUGGCAGUUGCCGUUGUGGCUUGUUCGCUGUGGGUGCUGUUGCUCGUCGGUUGGGUGCAGGUGGAGGCACAGAGGCAGGAUGCCCGCACUAACCCCUGGAGACAGAGGAUCCAGUGGGAGAACAACGGAAGGGUGUUCAGCCUGCUCAACAGCGGGGCCGAGUAUGUCCCCGCCAGGGGCCAGGACCGUCAGAGGAGCCACAGGGUGCUGCUGGCAGACGCGUCGCCUCACGGGGCCCGCCGGCCCCAGGGCAGCAACGUGCGCAGACAGGCCCCAUCCCGGGCCGGCUCUGAGAUGACCAGGAGCCAGACCAGACCGUCUUUUGGGUUCGGUCGGGUGCCGGAUAACUGGCGCCAGGGGGCGGCGAGUGUGGCUAACGGUGCUGGACGGUACCAGUCUUCCUCAAGCUCCCGAGUCAGGCCUUUGACAGGUUCUUCGUCAUCUUCUUCUUCUUCAUCAUCAUCAUCAUCUUCUUCAUCAUCUUUCAAUGGGCCAUCUUACCCUCAGUACCUCCUUCCUCGCCAGCCCUCCUACUCUGCACCAUAUGAUGCCAUCAUCACAGAGCCCCGAGCCGGGGGGGCCAGAUAUUCAGCUGGUACCAGCAGGAGCUAUGCCCGUGCGCCACACACCGGGGGAAGUCUGUUGCCAGUGCAGCCAAACUCGCCCACUGACUACAGCGAGAACGGUUACCGCUACUACCAGUCGGCCCCCAACCUAGCUUUGCCAAGCCAGCCGGCUCAGCCACCUGUCUCGGGUGGCCUAGACCACACCUAUUCCCUGAGCCUGUACAAUGAAGGGUCCCCUGCCAUUCCUGACGCCAACAUUGCCCCUGAAGCCAAUCCCAACGCCCCAGCAGUGGACAGGAGCAGUACAGACAAUCAGACGCCCUUGCGCAGCCCACAGUAUGAGCAGUUCCCCCCCUUUGCGAGAGUACAGCCACCUGUCUUGAUGCCAGCCCCAUCAGGCAGGAACCCCAUCUCUCCCAACUCCGCACUGGAGAACCCCAACGUUAAUGUGGGCACUGUUUACCAAACUGAGCAGAGAGAGUUGCCUGACCUGGUUCCUGACCCACACUACGUCCAGGCCUCCACCUACAUUCAGAGGAAUCACAUGUAUUCACUCCGAUGUGCUGCAGAAGAAAAAUGCCUGGCCAGCUCAGCAUACAGUCCUGAAACAACAGACUAUGAUAUCAGGGUGCUCUUGCGCUUCCCACAAAGGGUUAAAAACCAAGGAACAGCUGACUUCAUGCCCAACCGCCCUCGCCACACCUGGGAGUGGCAUAGCUGCCAUCAACAUUACCACAGCAUGGAUGAGUUCAGCCACUACGAUCUCUUGGAGGCCAGCAGUGGCAACAAGGUUGCGGAGGGCCACAAGGCCAGCUUCUGCCUGGAGGACACCACCUGUGAUUUUGGCCACCUGAAGCGCUUUGCCUGCACCGCCCACACCCAGGGUUUGAGUCCAGGAUGCUAUGACACCUACAAUGCCGACAUUGACUGCCAAUGGAUUGAUAUCACUGAUGUCCAACCAGGGAACUAUAUACUAAAGCUCCAGGUGAACCCCAAAUACCUUGUGUUGGAGUCAGACUACACCAACAAUGUGGUUAGGUGUAAUAUCCAUUACACCGGGCGAUUUGUCACAACCACGAACUGCAAGAUAGCCCAGUCCUGAUCAGCCUCCCGAAGCCGACUGCCGUCACGCCGCUUUUCGAUGAAACGUGAGCGGAAACCUUUUCUUUGUUUUUGUCGUUGCCGUUCUGAUUCCUCAAGGCCAGAGCGCACGCCGAGGGCUCUGCGGACGCUGAGGAUGAUCUGGAGAUAUUUACACAAGAACACUCGGAUAA